GGCCGGGCGCGGGCUAGCAGGUGACGGCACCACAGGCCCACAGUCUGUAGUGCCAGUGGAGCCAGUUCCAGCGCUUCCUCCGGGCCGCUCGUCACGUCACCCAAUGCGUUACGGCAGACUACUCGCAUGCCCAGGUUCGGGAGGAUGGGGGCCGCUGCUGCGCCGCCGGCUGCCCAUCGUGCGCUGGAUGCCCUUGUACGGGCGGGAGGACGCCGUGGCCGACCUCGUGGCGGGCCUCACCCUCGGACUCACCCUCAUCCCGCAGAGCAUCGCGUACGCGUUGCUGGCCGGGCUCGCCCCACAGUACGGCCUGUACUCCUCCUUCCUGGGGAGCCUGGUGUACGUCCUGAUGGGGACCAUCAAGGAGGUGUCCAUCGGGCCCACGUCCCUCAUGUCGCUGCUCACGGCGCAAUACACGCACGACCAGCCCGUGCAGGCCGUCAUCCUGCUCACGUUCCUGGCCGGGGCCGUGCAGCUGGGCAUGGCGCUCCUGCAGCUCGGCUUCCUCGUGGACCUCAUCUCGGACCCCGUCACUUCGGGCUUCACGUCGGCCUACUCCGUCAUGAUCGCCGUGUCGCAGCUCAAGGGGCUCCUGGGGCUGCGCUUUAAGGCGCACGGCUUUGUCGACACGCUGUGCAAGCUGGCCCAGCACAUCACCGAGGCCAAGCUGGCCGACUCGAUGCUGGGCGUCGGCUGCGUCGUCGUGCUCAUCGGCAUGAAGAAGCUGGGGACCGUCGGCGCGCCCGGCAGCGGCCUUCGCCGGGUGGCCUGGGUGCUCUCCAUCGGCCGCAACGCCCUCGUCGUCCUGGUGUGCGCCGUCACCGCCUACGUGUGGGAGAACGUCGCACAUCAACCGGUGCCGUUCGCCUUGUCAGGCCAAGUGCAACCAGGCCUGCCUCCACUGUCGCUGCCACCCUUCUCCGCACCGGGUCCCGCCAACACGACCCUGUCCUUUGUCGACAUGGCCACCUCCUACGGCGGCGGCCUUCUGGUCGUCCCAGUGGUGGGUGUUCUCGCCAACAUCGCCAUCGCCAAGUCCUUCUCUAACGGCGCCCCGGUGGACGCCUCCCAGGAGAUGGUGACGCUGGCCACGUGCAACCUGCUGGCCUCGUGCGUCAGCUCCAUGCCCACCUGCGGCGCCUUCACGCGCUCGGCCGUGAGCAACGCGUCCGGGGUGCGGACCCCGCUGGCCGGGCUGUACUCGGGGAUGCUCAUCCUGCUGGCGCUCGUGCUGCUCACGCCCUACUUCUACUACAUCCCCAAGGCGACGCUGGCGGCCGUGCUCAUCAGCGCCGUGGUCUUCCUCGUCGACUUCGGCAUCCUCAAGCCCCUGUGGCGCAACAGCAAGCGCUCCCUGCUCGUCACCGUGCUGACGUUCGCCGCGUGCCUGGGCAUGGGGGUGGAGGCGGGGCUGCUGCUCGGCGUGAGCCUGGACCUGGCCCACCUGGUGUACCUGUGGGCGCGUCCGCCCAUCACCGUCCAGCUGUGCAAGGCCCGCUGGGGCGAGUACGUGCUGGUGCGACCAGAGGUGGGGCUCUUCUUCCCGGCCAUGGGGGUGGUGCGCGACGCCGUGGUCACUGCAGCCGCCGGCGAGGGUGGCGCCGCGCUGCCCAUGGUCCUGGACUGCACGCACUUCCGGAGCCUCGACUACACCGCCGUCAAGGGGCUCGAGGUCCUCGUUCGAGAGCUGGGCAAGCGCGGCCAGGCGCUCCACUUCAUGGGGCUGCCGGCCAGCGCGCUGCGGCUCGUCGCCGGGCUGGGCAUGAAAGGCUUCACGCACUGUGCGGCGCCGCGCGACCUCCCGGGGAUCCUCCACGCUCAAGAAGGAGCAGGAGACAAAGCGGACAGCCUGUCCCGGGCAGAGACGGGGCUCGCUCUCGUGGGCGCGGACGAGGACGAGGGGCGCGGUCAGGACGACCACGAGCUGUCCUCCAUGCACCAGCAGCAGCGGCCAGCUGUGUAGAGCGCGCGGAACGAGUUUGUGAGACUCUGAUUGGAGGUCAAUGUGAUAAACAAGCUGUUGCAAACA